GCAUGCGGAUGCAGUGACCUAUCUACGCAUCAGAACCGACAAAGUCUGAUUGAUCGAAAAGGCAACGGAGAUUCGUCAAGGCGGUCAGCAAGUGCCACUGAAAUGGGCCGUAAUAGCGUCGUGACUACUUCAACUUAUCGUAAACUAGGAGUCGCAGCUGCUCCGGUAACAGCUGUGGAACGGAUCGCACCGACGCUUCGCUAUAUCAAGAAGUGCUGUCGUGAUAAGGUUAAUUCAAUGCGUUCAGCUAAACAGUGCCAAUGCAUCGGAAAGGGAGUCGAAUAG